AUGGCCAGUAAACGACAGUCACCUACUAGUCGAAAUACCAAUGCUCUAUACCAGGCCACCAGGCCUGGAGGAAGCAGCAUUGGACAUGCAUCACCAUCCUCUGGUCAUAGUAAAAGCAUAACAGUACUUGGGCUAUUAGCAGAUUUGGCCAGUCUAAAGGGACUCUUGUAUGUGGUAGCUGCUAUUGGACUACUGACUCUGACACUUCAACGUCCUGGAUCGCAGCUGGUCAAUAUAUCCUUGAGCACAAGCAAGUAUCAAUCAUUUGCACAUACAUCAUCACAGCAGUGUCAGCAUCCCUUACACUCUGACAGACCCUCUAUUCAGUAUGCACUGAUUAUUGAUGCUGGAUCGACUGGAUCUCGUAUUCAUGUGUAUCGCUUCAACUACUGCAAAGGGUCACAACCCACACUUGAAGACGAGGUCUUUGAGCAGGUUAAACCUGGGCUGUCCUCCUACACCGACCCUACACUAGCUGCUGCAUCUUUGGACUCUCUUUUGCAAACAGCUCUGCAAAAUGUGCCUCAGUCCUUGCAUCAAUGCACUCCAAUAACAGUCAAAGCCACUGCUGGACUGCGUAUGCUUAAAGGUGAUAUGUCCACUCGGAUUCUGGCUGCAAUUCAAACCAAGCUGGACAAGGAGUAUCCAUUUCCAGUGCUACAGAAGGACGGAGUGGUUAUCAUGGAGGGCAGUAGUGAAGGAGUGUAUGCAUGGAUCACUGUCAAUUACCUUUUAGGCUAUAUUGGUACUGCCAAACGUCAUCUUACUGCCGCCAUCUUGGAUCUAGGUGGUGGUUCAACACAGAUUGUCUUUGAACCUGAUAUGGCUGCAGAUACCAAUGAUGCGGGUCAUAAGACUUUACCAGAGGGAAGUCACAGAUACGAUCUCACGUUUGGCGGCUUCACCUAUCAUCUAUACCAGCACUCAUAUGAUGGGUAUGGACUGCGCGCCGGAAGACAGCGAAUCCUGGGUGUAUCUUCCACUACUUCCAAUAGCAAUAAUCAUCAGCCUUGUGUACGCAAAGGCAGAGAAAAGGAUAUCAUGGCAAUAGAUAAAAUCCCGGACAUUAUCGGCACGGCAGAUGGGUUUGGAUCCUGUAGUGCAUUUAUCACUACGCAUCUCUUUGACAAGUCCGAGUCUAGCUGUAAACUUACACCGCCUCUUCGAACCUGUUCCUUUGAUGGCAUCUAUAUGCCAUCACUACAAGCUACGUUCCCCCAUAACGACAUGUACGCGUUUUCGUAUUUCUACGAUAACUACGCUGAGCCAUUUAAUGCCACCUCCGAGUUUCUUGUUGGGGAUCUCAAGGCUGCUGCUGAAUUGGUAUGCAAAGGUGAUACUUUGAAACUCACAGAUGUUGGGAAACAACUGUUUCAGGAAAACCCACACUGGUGUAUGGAUCUUGGGUUUAUGCAUCAGCUACUUGGUACUGGUUAUAGUCUGCCCGAUACCAGGAAGAUGAAAACUGCUAAAAAGAUCAAGGGAAUUGAGACUGGAUGGGCACUUGGUUCUGCUAUUCAGAUUUUGGAUGGUUUAAUCACAAGUGGUGGAAAAGAUGGUGCAUGUCGCAAAUAAUGUUUACUGUUGCGAAU